AUGGCCAUCCAACCGUACCAGGAAGACAAUGAGGCUUCCUCUGGACCCCUAGACACCGCUCCUGCAAAACGACUACGCUGGGCUACUCAGAGAGUGGCCGGCUCUCAAGGCCGCACGAAACGCCAAUCAAUUCUUAGACGUCUCUCCCACAACAAGCGCUCGAACGAUGACUCCGCCAAGCGAGAAUCAAAUGGAACUGACCUUGAAUCUGUGCCCGAGGGCUCCGAGGCUUCGACCGAGCAGCCCGGUGCCGGUCGCCGCGUCUUCUUCAACAUGCCACUACCUGAGGAUGCACGCGACGAAGAAGGACACCCCAUCACUCAAUUCGUGCGAAACAAGAUUCGCACCGCAAAGUACACCCCCAUCAGUUUCAUACCCAAGAAUUUGUGGUUCCAGUUUCACAACAUCGCCAAUAUCUAUUUCUUGUUCAUCAUUAUCCUCUCGAUCUUCCCCAUCUUUGGCGCCUCAAAUCCUGGUCUCAGUGCUGUACCGCUGAUCGUUAUCGUGACCAUCACCGCAAUCAAAGAUGCAAUCGAGGAUUGGAGAAGAACAGUUCUCGACAACGAACUCAACAACGCCCCCGCUCACCGUCUUGUGGACUGGGAAAAUGUGAAUACAGCAGAGGACCGAAUCUCGUUGUGGCGAAAGUUCAAGAAAGCAAAUACCCGAGCCAUCACUUUUGUCUGGCAUCUUUGGAAGAACCGCAAAGAGUCCAAAGCCGAAAAGCGGAAUUCCCAAAAAGAUAGAGCCUUGGAUGAGGUAGACACCAGACGACCAUCCAUGUACUCUCAGCGCAUGUCUGUGGCUUCCAUGGCUACCGAGGAGCCUGGCGCCAUGGAAAUGACACCAGUACAUUCUCCAAUGCCAGCUUCGGCCAUGGAGGGAAGCAAAGAGAUGGAUCUGGGUGAUCACAUUAGAAAAUCUCUCGAGAACGAUGCACUUAAACCUGGCGAUGCCACUCAAGUUGUUGAAAUCGCAAAGGAUCCUACCGACCCUCAUGCGCCUAUUCCGAAGCGAUUCUACGGUAACAUCAUCAACCCCAACAAACCCACCGGAAAAGCGCGGUUCAAGAAGGAUUGUUGGAAGAACGUGCAAGUCGGAGACUUCGUGAGACUCUACAACGAAGAAUCCAUUCCUGCAGACAUCGUCGUCUUGUCGACCUCUGACCCUGAUGGAGCUUGUUAUGUGGAGACCAAGAACUUGGAUGGAGAGACCAAUCUGAAGGUCCGACAGGCUCUACACUGCGGUCAGAAGGUCAAGAGAGCUCGUGACUGUGAACGGGCUGAGUUUGUUCUGGAGAGUGAACCACCUCACGCCAAUCUUUACUCCUACAGCGGAGCUGUUCGAUGGAAGCAAUACGGUAGUAAGAACUCGGAUGCUGAAGCUGCUGACAUGGCCGAACCUGUUUCCAUCAAUAACAUGUUGCUCCGAGGCUGUUCCAUUCGCAAUACCGAGUGGGUCUUGGGUAUCGUCGUCUUCACUGGAGAAGAGACCAAGAUCAUGCUCAACUCUGGUAUCACCCCUACGAAGCGCGCACAGAUCUCGAAGGACCUGAAUUGGAACGUCAUCUACAACUUCAUCAUCCUGUUCUUCAUGUGUCUUAUCUCGGCCGUAGUGCAAGGCACUACCUGGGGCAAAGGCGACGAAUCACUCGACUUUUUCGAAUUUGGCUCCUACGGCGGUACGCCAGGUCUCAACGGCUUCAUCACAUUCUGGGCAGCCAUCAUUCUCUUCCAAAACUUGGUGCCCAUCUCUCUCUACAUCACACUGGAGAUUAUCCGUACUGCUCAGGCCUUCUUCAUCUACAGUGACACUUUCAUGUACUAUGCGCCAGUCGAUUAUCCCUGCACCCCCAAAUCCUGGAACAUUUCCGAUGACCUUGGUCAGAUUGAGUACAUCUUCUCUGACAAGACCGGCACAUUGACCCAGAAUGUCAUGGAGUUUAAAAAGGUCACGAUCAACGGUGUGCCCUAUGGAGAAGCAUAUACCGAAGCUCUGGCCGGCAUGCAGAAACGACAAGGAAUUGACACUGAUGCUGAAGGGGCUAAAGCUCGUGUUCAGAUAGCUCGCGCUAAAGUCAGAAUGCUCGAGGACUUACGCAAGCUGCAUGACAACCCUUACCUUCUGGACGAAAACGUUACCUUUGUUGCGCCCGAUUAUGUCUCCGACUUGACUGGAGCAUCUGGACCUGAACAGAAAGCAGCCAAUGAGUAUUUCAUGCUUGCGCUUGCGCUCUGCCACACUGUGAUUACUGAGCGUACCCCUGGUGAUCCGCCAAAGUUGGAGUUCAAAGCACAAUCGCCUGAUGAGGCUGCACUCGUUGCAACAGCCAGGGACUGUGGCUUCACAGUUCUGGGUCGCUCAAAUGACGGAAUCAUCGUCAACGUUCUCGGUGAGGAGCGCCAGUACACUGUUCUCAAUAUCUUGGAGUUCAACUCAUCCAGAAAACGCAUGAGUGCUAUCGUGCGAAUGCCCAACGGAAAGAUUGUUCUCUUCUGCAAAGGUGCUGACAGCAUCAUUUACUCAAGACUGAAGAAGGGUGAACAGCAAGCCUUGAGAAAGACCACUGCUGACCAUCUUGAGAUGUUUGCUCGAGAGGGUUUGCGUACGCUGUGCAUUGCUCAAAGAGAACUCGACGAGGAGGAGUACCAAAUUUGGAGCAAACAACAUGAUAUCGCUGCAGCAGCUAUUCAGAACCGUGAGGAGAAGCUCGAAGAAGUUUCCGACGCCAUCGAGCGUGACCUCACUCUUCUUGGAGGAACUGCCAUCGAAGACAGACUUCAAGAUGGUGUGCCCGACGCAAUUCAGCUCCUUGCUCAGGCAGGUAUCAAGCUAUGGGUCUUGACGGGAGACAAGGUCGAGACAGCCAUCAACAUCGGGUUCUCCUGCAACCUGCUGGGUAAUGACAUGGAUCUCAUCGUUUUGAAUGUUCAAGACGAGAAUCUAGCUAGUGCUGAAGCAGAACUCGACAAGAACUUGGCUAUCUUCGGUAAGACUGGAUCUGAUGAGGAACUCAUGGCUGCAAAGAAGAAUCACGAACCGCCAGCACCAACUCACGCUGUUGUCAUCGAUGGUGAGACGUUGAAACUUAUGCUUGACGACAGACUGAGACAGAAGUUCCUGCUCUUGUGCAAGGAAUGUAAAUCAGUCUUAUGUUGUCGUGUCAGUCCCAGUCAGAAGGCUGCCGUUGUUGGCAUGGUCAAGAAUGGCCUCGAUGUCAUGACGUUGGCCAUUGGAGACGGUGCCAACGACGUUGCUAUGAUUCAGAAGGCUCACGUCGGUGUUGGUAUCGCUGGUGAGGAAGGCAGACAAGCAGUGAUGUCCUCUGACUAUGCGAUUGGUCAAUUCAGAUUCCUUACGAGGCUUGUUCUUGUCCACGGACGUUGGUCUUACCGCCGACUUGCCGAAACCAUUGCAAAUUUCUUCUACAAGAACAUCAUCUGGACUUUCGCUCUCUUCUGGUAUCAGAUCUAUGCCAACUUCGAUUGUUCAUACAUUUUCGACUACUCGUACAUUCUACUUUACAACCUGGCUUUCACCUCUCUACCGGUCAUUCUGAUGGGUAUCUUGGACCAGGAUGUCGACGACAAAGUGUCCCUUGCAGUGCCCCAGCUUUACAGGCGUGGAAUUGAGAGAAAGGAGUGGACACAGCUCAAGUUCUGGACAUACAUGGUUGAUGGUUUCUACCAGUCGCUCAUUUGCUUUUUCCUUCCGUACCUCCUUUUCCAGCCAGCCAAUUUCAACACCGAGUCAGGCCGAAACGUCAACGACUAUCAACGCAUUGGUGUGUACAUUGCAAACUCCAUUGUCGUGGUGGCCAACGUCUAUAUAUUGAUGAACGCCUACCGAUGGGAUUGGUUCUUCACACUCAUUACAACAAUUUCUAUUCUGCUUAUCUGGACCUGGACUGGUAUCUACUCCUCAUUCACCGUUGGCUUCACAUUCUACAAGGCGGGUGCUGAAGCCUAUGGAGCUCUAAGUUUCUGGGCGCUAACGAUGAUGGUGAUUGUCGUUGCUCUACUCCCUCGCUUUGCCGCAAAGUCUUUCCAGAAGAUCUUCAUGCCUCGCGACAUUGAUGUCAUCCGUGAACAGGUCAGACAAGGCAAAUUUGACUAUCUCAAGAACGUGGAUCCACAAGAUUUGGACGAUGUUAGUCCUCCCUCUCAAGAGAAAGUGUCAGAUUCUACUUCAAGCUCCGAGAUAAGCAAGCCUUCAGGAGCACAGAGACUUGCUCACAAGUUGUCCCACAACAGAGUCCCGACAGAAGACGAGCGCCCAAUAUAUCCGCCUUCAAUAGCAGCAACGGCAACGACCCGCAAUGCUAGAUCACACAACGGCAGCGAUGGUACCGAUUACACUGGACAUCGUUCUUCCAUUGAGCGGACGUUCCCUGCGGUCGGACAAUCACCUGCACCACGACCGAGUUACGACCGACCAAGGCCUUCCUUCGAUCGGUUGAGAGCCAGUAUGGACUACGAAAGGACUCGGCCAUCCUUUGAGAGCUCGCGAGACUUCACCAGUGCGGCGUAUCUAUCGCGGGUUGAAAGCAGCCAUACACCUGCUGGAACACCUGCUGCGGUGGACCGAAAAGACAUUGGUUACGCCAUGUAA